ACCUGUUCCGGUAUUCCCACGAACGUUGAUGGAUCCGAAAAUAGACAUGCAGUCGACGUGUUAUUCUCACCUUGGAUCAGGAUUCUCAAGCUUUCCCGCGUCGAUACAGCAAGCCGAAACUCAUUCAGGCCCUUAUUCUUAUCCGGAUGCUCACAAAAUAUAUAUGGUUCAAAUCAGACGUGGAAACACAGACUGACGGUGAACAAAGCUCAGGAAGAGGAUGAUAGAACAACAAGGGACCCGAAUUGAAAUUAGUAGCUUCAGCACGUCGGAGCCUACCGCCGGAGGUGCAGACGGUACACCUGCUGGCCUACGUUCUCAGAGGAUACGAAAACAUUUUUUCGCGCAGCCUCGAACGUUAGUAAACCCAUAGCAGUUGAUUACCGCACAACCUCCUUGAGGCUGCCUCGUCCCCUGUCUGGGAUCCUCUUCUACUUUCUACCCUCUCCUAGUGGCAAUCCCACUGCACGAUGUUUGUUCAGAUAGGAUUGCUCGCUGUGUUCACGCACAUGGUGUUUCAGCAUUGGGAGCCAAAGGAUGUUACUCGAGCCCUCACUGUAUUACUCUCUGGAUCUCUUGGGUCAAUACUCUUUGCCAAGUCUCUUACGGCCUCGGGUAUCCUUGUCGCUGUAGCAACUUUCAUUGCUUCACUUUGUCUCUCUGUGGUGUUCUACCGUGUAUCACCCUUCCACCCACUCGCCCAGUAUCCAGGUCCUAUUCUCAAUAAGAUCACACAACUCGCCCCAAUGUGGACGGUAUACACUGGUCACCAGCAUCUUACAAACCACAAGCUACACGCGAAGUAUGGUCCAAUUGUUCGGAUUGGACCCAACGACCUCUCAAUUGUAGAUGUAGAUGCCGUAAACUCUGUCCUUGGAGCAGGCGGGCUACCCAAAGGACAAUACUAUAAUGCUCGGCAAAUCCCAAACGCACCUCAAAAUAUCAUCGGAAUGCGAGGAGAAGCACACGCCGCCCGUCGAAAACUGUGGAACCGAGGCUUUAGUCCAGAAUCGUUGCAAGGUUACGAGGCGGGUAUCGCGAGACGUGCUUCUCAGGUCGUCAAUAAGUUGAAUGAGAGUGUUGGAAAGGAAACAGACUUAGUGAAGUGGAUCAACUAUUUCGCGUUUGACGUUAUGGGUGAAAUGGCAUUCGGACGUAGCUUCAAUAUGAUCACGGAAGGGGACAAAGGCGGUAUCUGGGAUACACUAGGGAAGUUCGCACUCCAAGGUGCCAUAGCAUCGCAUAUUCCAUGGGCAAGAGGCGUUUUCCUCAAGGUCCCCAUGUUCUCGAAGCACUUUGGCAAAAUGCGUCAGUUUGGGAUGGGUUGUGCGAUGCAAAGGAUGAAGAGUGAAGCGAAGGUCAAGGAUUUGUGGUACUACCUGUCUGACGAAGCAGGUAUCGAAAAGGUUAAACCAGCAGUCCCGGAGGUCUCCGCGGAUGGGACCUUUGCGGUUGUCGCAGGGUCAGAUACGACCGCUUCGGCACUCUCGAGCCUUUUCUGGUUCCUCAUCAUGAAUCCGGACGUAUACAAGAAAGUACAGGAGGAAAUCGAUACGGUGUAUCCUGAUUAUGCAGAUCCAUUGAAUACUGCAAGGCAUGCGAAGUUGGUGUACCUGAAUGCUUGCAUCAAUGAAACUUUGCGUCUCCACCCUCCGAUUCCGACAAAUGGACCUCGGCAAGUUCCGGAGGGUACCAGGGGAAAGCUUGUAGCUGGACGACAUAUUCCCGAAGGAACGCAAGUCUACGUCCCGCCUUACUCCAUGCACCGAGACCCCCGUUACUUCUCACCCGAACCCGAGUCCUUCAUUCCUGACCGCUGGCUCUCUGCUUCCUCCUUCGACAAGGCUUCUUCUGAGAAGGCCUUCAUUCCGUUCUCCUAUGGCCCGGCCAACUGCGUGGGACGUCAGAUGGCCAAAAAUGAAAUGUUGAUGUUCGCGUCUGUGCUUUUGCAGCAUUUCACCUUCCAGUUUGCUCCCGGGUUUGGUGGCAGGGAGGCGGAGAAAUGGCCUGAGAGGAGGUUGGAUUAUUUGGUGACGACAAGGGCACCGUUGCUGGUAAGAGCGAAGCCACGGAAUACUUAAACUCACUGUAUUCACUGUAUUCACGGAUUUGGGCGUGGCUGCUUCGAGUGUGCGGAGAUUCAGGAUCCCUUGAUGGUGAUGCCUCACUUCUGUAUGACUGUAUGGAGUACAUUCAAGGUACUGGAUGAUGUAUUCAUACGACAUGUCACACAGUUCCGGUCCAAACACGAUCGCCGGCAGUUAUUGACAGCCAAGGAGAUUCAAGGUGAAUGGUGAUACGUCCGGUACAAUGGUGACCGAAGGACGGUUGCAGUAUGCACACAUGCUCAAGGGGGAACUUCAGUGUGAUAUCUCUAGGAUUAGAAACAACUGACAUAACUCGCAUUGCCAUCAUUACAUCGAUG